GAGGGAGAUGUGGUGCUGCACAAGGACAGCCCAGCCCAGCAGUGUUGAGGGCACGCUGCCAAGAGCCAUCGUAUUGCUGCUGCUGGAAGUGUCAAGCAGAGAGCCUUAAAGGCAUUCACCAGGCCGGCUCACUUGGGACAAUUUAAGUUGUUUGCCCAUUGAGAAGGCCAAAGAGCUGCUAACAGGGCUUGCAUCAUUGCCCAGGGAGCCCUUGGGAGGAGGAGCGUUGACCAUUAUCUUCCAGGAGAGCUGCUGGCAUCCUGGGGGAGCUGUGUGGCAGCUAGCCAGCCGCCGGACUUCACCCUCAUUCCACCCAUCCAUCUAGUCAUGUUUCUUAUUGACUUUGAGGACGUGGCAGCCAUCAACCCAGAGCUUCUGCAACUGUCUCCUCUCCCUGUCCACCCAAAGGACAGCCUGCCUCUGCAGGAGAAUGUCACUGUCCAGAAACAAAAGCGCCGAUCAACCCUCUCCAAAAUCCCUGCUCCCAAAGAAGCUCUGCGUGGCCGUUCUACCCGGAUGUCUGCCAUCACAGAGACUCAGAGUCUCCUGGCUCAGGAGAAUGACAUGGAGGUAGACCCCUCUGUAGCUGCCAACACCAGGAGCCAGUUUACAAUUCCCACGGGUCUGUCUCGUGCCCCGCGUGCUGGCAUGAGCGAGAUCCCACUGGCUGCUGUUAGUGAGGCUGCAGAAGAACAGACAUCUUUCAUCCGAGGCAACUCUGCUGCCAACCCAGCAAAUUCAGUUCGAAGGAAGUCAUGCCUAGUGAAGGAAAUGGAAAAAAUGAAGACAAAACGAGAAGAAAAAAGGGCUCAGAACUCAGAAAUGCGGAUCAAGCGUGCACAGGAAUACGAUACUAGCCUGCCAAACUGGGAAUUUGCACGGAUGAUUAAGGAAUUCCGAGCUACUCUGGACUGUCAGAGACUCACCAUGACUGACCCUAUAGAAGAACAUCGGAUAUGUGUCUGUGUUAGGAAGCGCCCUCUUAAUAAGCAAGAACUGGCCAAGAAGGAGUUUGAUGUGAUAUCAGUCCCCAGCAAGUGCCUCCUGCUGGUGCACGAGCCCAAGCUGAAAGUGGACCUGACCAAGUACCUGGAGAACCAGGCAUUCCGCUUCGACUUUGCCUUCGAUGAAACUGCAUCCAAUGAGGUUGUCUACAGGUUCACAGCCAGACCGCUGGUGCAGACGAUCUUUGAAGGAGGAAAGGCGACCUGCUUUGCUUAUGGCCAGACAGGCAGUGGCAAAACCCAUACAAUGGGCGGUGACUUCUCUGGGAAAAGCCAGAACGCCUCCAAGGGCAUCUACGCAUUUGCCUCACGAGAUGUCUUCUUGCUAAAGAAUCAGCCCCGAUACAGAAACCUCAGCCUCGAAGUCUACGUGACCUUCUUUGAGAUCUACAACGGGAAGCUGUUUGACCUCCUGAACAAGAAGGCCAAGCUUAGGGUCCUAGAAGACGGCAAGCAGCAGGUGCAGGUGGUGGGGCUGCAGGAACAUCUGGUGAACUCGGCUGACGAUGUCAUCAGGAUGAUUGAGACGGGCAGCGCCUGUAGGACCUCAGGACAGACAUUUGCCAACGCCAGCUCUUCCCGAUCCCAUGCCUGCUUCCAGAUCCUGCUCCGGGCCAAGGGGAAGCUGCAUGGCAAGUUCUCCCUGGUGGAUCUGGCCGGGAAUGAGCGAGGGGCUGACACAUCCAGCGCCGACCGGCAGACCCGCAUGGAAGGGGCCGAGAUCAAUAAGAGCCUGCUGGCCUUGAAGGAAUGUAUUCGGGCUCUGGGGCAGAAUAAGUCACACACCCCAUUCCGGGAAAGCAAGCUGACCCAAGUGCUCAGGGACUCCUUCAUUGGGGAAAACUCGCGGACCUGCAUGAUCGCCAUGAUCUCCCCAGGGAUGAGCUCCUGUGAAUAUACUCUGAACACCUUGAGAUAUGCAGACAGGGUCAAAGAGCUGAGCCCUCACAAUGGUGGGAAUGGGGAACUGCAGACCCAAAUGGAGACAGAGGGGGAAGAGCUGGAGCCCAGCUCCGACAGCACCAGUCACUCCCAUGGUCUGUCCAAGGAUGAAGAGGAGCUCUCAUCCCAGAUGUCCAGCUUCCAGGAGGCCAUGACCCAGAUCGGGGAGCUAGAGGAGAAGGCCAUAGAGGAACUCAAGGAGAUCGUUCAGAAGUGGUCUAACUGGGUCGAGCUGCUGGAGACCACGGAGCAGCCAGACUACGACCUGGAGACCUUUGUGAACAAAGCUCAGUAUGCUGCCGCCGAGGGGAUCAAGAACUUCAGCAGCCUGCAAGAUGUCCUGCAGGCCUUGCGCCUAGCCAUGCAGCUGGAAGAACAGGCCAGCCUGCAGAUGAGCAGCCAUAAACGACCUCAGUAACAUGCCAAUAAACUGUUUGAUGGUUAAGCUCUUCCUUCAGGGGUGUCUGGAUGCCCUCCUUGUUUGGGGUGCUAGGGCACACUGCUGGGAUGUCUGCCCACUGGAUCUGGGCCUGGGCCGCCUCCAAGGUCCUGGGUGGGCUGGCCCGGGGGCUCCCCACCAGCGUUCUUUUUUCCAUGUCUGUUGUAUAGGGUUUUCUAUCAUGCAGUCUUAGUGAGCAUUUGGCCUGUGUGACUGAUGGAGCUCUGGCCAGCAGCGGUCCCGGAGCUGGGAGGAGAUGAGGAAGGACCAGCCUUCCCUUCAGUUCCAAGGCAGACAGUUCUGGGCCUUGCUGUUGGCUGCCCAGUGUCUGCUUGGGGUGGGGGUGGGGGGGAUUUUUUUAAAAAAAGAUUCUGAAACCCUUUCUCCUCAGUCCCUCUGACAACCUUGUUGGGUUUCAUUGAGGUGAAGGGGACCUGUCUGUUGUCUGUUGUCUGUAUUUAAACAUUGCGUCUCCCAAUAAAGGAAGAGAAUGGAA